UUAAGAGAGAGAACAAAAAUAUCCUCAAAACGCACUCCACAGCCACUGAUAUAGAUACUCCCGUCUUGUGGCUUGCAUUAGCGUGUUGUAUACCGUGAUAUACAUGUGAAGGAUCGAUACCGACUUCAGCAUGUUGCUAAUGGUUAGAUCUGAUUGACUAUAUUGCUUCCGACAGAAGAGGGACUAAUAGUGGCUGAGGAGAAAAGAAUCCAAUCCGCGAUGCCAGGGAUAUGAGGUUGGUACUCAGCCGUGAGGCGGAAUAAUGUUCCACAACAUAGGAUAUUCCCCAGUCGGACGAUGAGGAUAUAGUACCCUAACUAAAUAUAGCCCUAUGACUCCCGACUUGCAGCUUGACCUCGUAAUUGAAUCAUUCUCACUUCAAGUCCUACGUCCUUCACCGGCCUUGAUCCCGAUGCGAUGGGGUCCAAAUCGCGCCUAUACUUAAUGUGGUUUUCGGGUUCCGACCAAGAUUCUUUCGCGAUUUUACAUCCAUAAUUCUUUUCGUUCCCAUUAAGUCUUUCGUUCACUUAUUUUUAUGUAAUAAUAUGGAUAACCAUUCGUUCAAUUCAUUGUUGAGUCAUUCAUUCAAUCUAGAUGAAGACUCGCAUUUUCUCGAGGCCGGGAUUAGGGGUUCUUUAGGGAGCGACCCCCUAAUUUCUAGUAUAGAGGUCACUUCCUAUAUCGAGGACCGAUCCGAGCCAUCGGAUCGAACUAUAUCGCUGUGUUCUACUAAGGGAGACCCCUCCGCCUAUACAAUUAACAGAAAACCACUUCCCUCGACAGCAUCUCCACCCCCUACUCCGCCUGCGCAAACCGAUGCUAGAGCUUCUCUUUUAUCCCCCUCCUCAUCCAAAUCAAAACGCCAAAUAAUAUCGACAAGGGGUAAUCACUGGAACUGGGAAUUAGGAGCUUUAGUCCUCAGUUUUAGUUCGUUGGCGACUCUGGUAGGGCUACUGAUCUACGUCGACAAUCGGCGACUAGACGGAUGGAAUGGCACACUGAAUACCGUCGUGUCCAGCCUAGGAGCUAUCUCACGAACUUCUCUUGGAUUCGCUGUUAGCUCGUGCCUAGGUCAAAUCAAAUGGAAUUGGUUCAAAAAACGACCGGAUAAUAUCAUCGCCUUUGAUAGGUUUGAUGACGCGAGUCGCGGACCCUGGGGAAGUCUGUGGCUCAUACUAUGGCUUCGGACUUGCCACUGGGUCACUAUUGGCGCAAUUGUUACAAUAAUACUUCUAGGGUUCGAACCAUUCCUACAAGCCGUGAUUCACUUCACCGGCCAAUUGGAUCCUAGCGCCGAUUCUCCGAGGAUACAAAUUGGCCGCAGCGAGAAGCUGGACGUAGGCUCGUACUCCAGUGACGGUUCAACACCUGUUAUGGGUGUGCGGCUGACACCCUCUGACAUGACCAUAGAGCUUGAGCCGUAUACCUUCUUACCAGACCUUGGAAUUGUGUCUUCAUUCAAUAAUGGGUUUUACAAUUCUUCAAACAACGCUAAACAGACUACCUCGUUUGUCUGCCCUACCGCAAACUGCACUUGGCCGGUUUUCGCCUCGUUAGCGGUUUGUAGCGCCUGCAACGACGUAUCGCAUCAUCUACGACGACACGAGGAAAAUGGAACUAACUUAGGUAUCUCGUAUACAAGCACAUCCCAAAUGCAGGGCAACUACACGAUUUAUUCUCUGCCCAACCUCAACCUCGCAAAUAUAUUCAAUAGCACUGUAACCCAACGUGGGAAUCUUUAUUCCUUAGACACUUAUAUGGUGGCAACGACGAUUACUGAUCCCCAACUCACCCUCUCAUUCCAAAACAUUACCACAUUAAUCACCGCAGUAGACAUAUUAAAAGCCGACGCGGGGUAUGAAGCGGGAAACUUGGAAUGGGAAGAUACACCCGUUUCGGCGACGGAAUGUGCGCUCUAUUUUUGCGUCAAUGCCUACGAAUCUACUGUUCAAAAGGGAAUUCUCACGGAACGAAUCGUAGCCUCCUGGGCUGAAAAAGAUCUUGGUUCUUAUCGCCAUACGGGGGGCAACAACUAUUCCGAGAGUAGCACCCAUUACGAUCAGUAUGAUAAGUGGAUCAACCACUCAUUCUAUUAUUAUCCGGGUCUUGACUACCCUCGAAGUGACCUCGAGAUAUUUAUACCGGCAGGAGAUCUUAAGAAAUACGAAUUGACUGAAGGACAUUUCAAUUUAUCACAGAAUACUAUCGGCAGUACAGUACGUUACGUUAACGAACAACUUCUGAAUUCUACUAUGGCAUGGCCCUUUCCUUAUAACCAAAAACCGGUCGUACAAGCUUUAUACCAAAGCCAAAACUUCACGGCCACCUUUGACAGGGUCGCAUGGACUGUCUCCAGUUGGAUGAGGGAUAUGUCUAAUGUCACGAAUCCUGGUGUCGGACACGAGUGGAUCAUCCAUAUCCAUGUUGACUGGUCGUAUAUGAUUCUUCCGCUAGUAACCAUAGUCCUUGGCCUGAUCUUUAGCUUUUGGUCUAUUCUCGAGACGCGCAGAUUGCAUUUAGAUCCUUGGAAGACGGGUAUGAUAGCGACGCUCACGCUCUCUGUGGACGCUGAAACGAGGGCACAACUUCGACAUGCGGAGAGGAACGGGUAUCUUGAUAAGGCGGUUAAAGCGAUGGCGGUGACAUUUGAAGAUGCUGGAUGCGGGCUGGAACUGCGGACGAAACAUGGUGGAUGAGUGGUUACAUUGUACUAUCGGGACGGCGUUCGGUUAUCACGAUUAGAGGCAGCGCAUUAAAUUUAUAGAACGAAUGACGAUGAUCAGUGUCUAAAUGUCUAUUAUCGAUAAUUCACGAUA